AUGACACGCCACAGCCGGACAGCGCUGGUCAGCUACCAGGAGCAGGGGGAGAGCAGACCACAGACCAACGCUCCUGAAAUGAACCGCCAGGCCCUGAAGCUGAAGGAGGAAGGUGGGAAUAAACUACCUUGCGAGUGCGGGCUCUGCCACCGGGCUGACUCUGAUCCCGACACCUACGGGCAGAAAUGUCAGUGGGGUAAGCUGUGUGUGCACGAGAACUGCCUGUACCACGCCAGCGGGCUGAUCCAGAGGGGGAAGGACGAGGAGGGAUUUUACGGGUUCCUGUAUCCGGACAUCAGGCAGGAAUUAAAGCGGGCAGUUCGGAAGACCUGCUGUGUGUGCGGCUGCAAAGGGGCAUCCAUCGCCUGCCAGGGCAGCAAGUGCACCAAGAACUUCCACUUCCCCUGCGGCUCCGAGAGAGGCUGCAUCUAUCAGUUCUUCGGGGAGUUUAAAUCCUUCUGCUGGACCCACCGGCCGGUGCAGCAAGUGAGACGGUGGCAGCAGCAGGAGGAAACCAUCUGCGUCGUCUGCUUGGAGUCCAUGCCGGGGAAACCCUCCUACAGCGCCCUGGUGUGCCCGGCGUGCAAGCACGCCUGGUUCCACCGAGGCUGCAUCCAGGUGCGAAUCCCCUUUCCGCGCUGGUUCCUGGGGGUGGGCCAGAACCCCCCGGCCACGAAAGCCUUCGAGCCAACCCACGCGCAGGCUGCAGCUGGACACGCUCUCCGUGCUGCCUUGUACCAUUUCCGAUGCCCCAGGUGCCGGGACAUGGGGACAUUCCAAAGAGAGAUGUUUCGAAUGGGCAUCAAAAUCCCUGACAGGGACGCCGCCUGGGAGGAAGACGGCGCGUUCAGUGACCAGUAUCACAGACACAGCAGCUGUGACGCCGGCUGCUGCUUGUACGUGGGCGGCAGAGAGCAAUCCGCAGAGGACGGCCCAUGGCAGCUGCUGCUGUGCACCUCGUGUGGCUCCCAGGGGACCCACCGCCGCUGCUCCUCGCUGGGGGCCUCCGCGGGCACGUGGGAGUGUGAGGACUGCGCGGGGCCAGCAGGGGCGGAAAUGUCCCCGCGAGCUCUCACAGCGUGA